GUCUACAGAGGCGUAAAAACAAACCUGCAUAAAAAAAAGGCUAAAGCAACCCUUCCCGGCAGUGAAUCGAACUUUGGUCCACUUGUGCCACGGAUGACACGCUUCUUUAACUGUAGCACAGUUACAAUAGCACAUUGAGAUAUCAGAUACUUUGCUGUGCUGUGACUCUGUGACUGUACUGUGAGCGGGGUCUCUUUCUCUCCCCCUCUCUCUUUCUGGCGUAUGUGGCUUCGCGGAUUGCCAGCAGGGUAGGGAGGAUGAGGGGGUCUGACACGAGUGGCUUCGCGGAUUGCUAGUUGGUGUGGACUUGAAGCUUAGGCUUGACUCAACAUAUCAACCUGGUGAUUUGAUUUGAGGAUUUCAUUUGACCUAGAUCUAGUGAUUUACUGAUUUGAAGCUUGUGACUUGAACUAGGGGCCAGGGGCUUGCGAGCACGAGCGGGUUUGCUACCGGGGUACAGCUCUAAUAAUAUGUGAUGAAAUGGCUUACACACGGAUCUCUGCAUGUGCACACCAAGCCAAAGACAUGGUCAGCAGCCGUAAAGCAAGAAUCCCAACUCACUGCAGCAGAAAGGAUGGCCGAUGAUACAGACUUUAGCCUUGACGCUGCAGAGUCGGCUGUUAGUGGAGUGGAAGUUUUAGUGAAGUUCCCGAACGAAAACGUGCCUCAACGGAGAACGGUGCCAGUAGAAACUGGACCAGACGCAAAUGGUGACAAUGGUGGUUUGCCUCUUACUGUCGCACAGGUAAAACGUCAACUGUUUGCUGAAAACAGAAUCCCAGGAAACCCCGAUGCUCUAACAAUGAUAAUCAAAAACAACACAGGAGAAACGGAACUAAAUAAUAGUGAUAUAUUCGAAGACUAUAUUGAACAUAUAGCGACAGAGGCAGUGAUAAGAUUUGCUUAAUGUUCAACCUAUCCCCAACCCAGCCUUUGAAUACGACUCUCAAGACCCAUCUUCGUACACCUGAGAUGCAUUUCACCGUUCAGCAAGUUCGUUGAUUAUGAAAAUAGUUUUGUCUUCAAAUACGAUCAACCACCUAAGUUGCCUUCAGACACGAUCAAACAUUUUUUUUACACUCUCAGGUAUAAUUCCUACUGUUUGAUAUUAAUAAUAUUUUCCUACAAUUUUUUAUAUAACAAAUGUCAGUUUCCAUUACAAUUUUUGAAGAAAUUGCACUUGUUUUCUUAUUACAGUCUGAACAGAAAAAUUGGCCACCAAAAAAGCUUGGUCUCUGUGAGGAAAACGGUCUGGUAGGGAAAGAGUUGUAGCAGCAGCAGGGAAUUCAUUUAUGUUAUGUGUCUCGAUGUGGUGGAAUCAGGUGCUCGUCUAUUUUUUUUCAAAUUGAGUUAUUUGGUACACUCUUAAAGUUACAGCAUGUUCAUUUUCCCCUCUCCUGAUGAAAAAUAUUACCCGUCUAUCUUGAAAACGAUUUAAGAUAUUUAAUUUGUGAGUGAAAUAGGUGGGGGUCUCUUGGUAUUAGAGGUAAAAUUAGUAAGAAAAUAGCUGGGAACAGUAAAUUUACAUUUUUUGCCUCUCAUUAACGUUGUUCCGUAAAACUCCAAGCAGGAAUGAGAUUUUAUACGGAUAUAAAGGAUUUUGAGCCCAAAACAACAAGAAAAAAAAAUUAAAUUGCCUACCUGGCGGAAAAUGUCAAUUUCUGCAAUUUUAUUAUUUUGACGAGGGCCUGGUUUCACUAUGACGCCACAUCAUCCCUGGGUUGUGGCUGCUGUUGUUGUUGCUGCUGCUGCUAUUUGUUGUUGCUGUUGUUGUUAAGUAGGGUUAGAUAGUGCAAUUCCACCCACUUGAAAAUUCCACACCCUUUUCAAUGCAAGGGAUGUAACCCCAAUAAUAUAAUUUGAUGCAGAACUCUUUUGUUUUCUGAACCAAAGAGAAGGGAGUUUCCUUUAUACGGGGUGCCCACUACGGCUGGAUUCGGCCGAUCGCCCGACUCGACUUUGCGCUAUCAAGGUUUUACUAUGUCAAUAUUGCUUUGUAUGAUGUUCGUCAGUGUUUCUGUGUUUGCCAUUUAAUAGUACUGCGGUGUCAGUUGCUUGUGAUGCCAUUACCAGUCUUUAGAAAAAUAGGCUGACUCUCACGCUUUGUUUUUUAUGAGCUUAAUGAUUUUGAUUUAGGACUUAGCGUAAACGAAACAGACCGCCCUGAGCACGCCCAAGAGAAACCAAUUUUGUUUAUAAUUUUCUCUUUCCUUUUUUGUCAGUUUUAGUAAAAAUAUAUGACUGCGGU